AUGGGCAGCGGAGAGGGUCCCGUCUCGCCGCGGUCCACCUCCAGGCGCCACCGCCGGUCGUACGGCGACGGCGGGGACGAGGCCUCCUCCCCGAAGCGCCAGAAGCGUAGCCAUCACCACCGCCACCACGGCCACGGCCACGGGGACAGGGGAGACCAGCAGGCGGGCUCGCGGUCGCGGAUGUCGGCAGCGAAGCCGGGGGAGCGCGAGGUAGAGGAUGGUGAGAUAGUAGACGAUGCCGCCGCCGCCGCCUCCAGGGGGCCGGAUGCCGGCUUCGGCAAGGCGGGGUCGGUGUUCGGCGGUCUGGCACCUGCUCCGGGAUGUGAUGACAAAUUUGAUGCAAACAAGAAGUGUAGAGAGGCUAACCACAGAAAGAGAUCUGAGGAAAUCGAGGAACAAUCUUGCAAGGAGGAAGAUCAAAGUGAUUUCGAACACUUUGCAAAGCAAGAAGAAGAUGAUCUUAAAAAAACUAAGGAGGAAGCAAGAAAGAGGAUGGAUGCUAUUCUGGAGAAGCACCGGCAACGCCAGUUUCAGAAGGAACACCAGGGACCUGUGCCUUUCCAUGAUAGUACAGAAGUAACAUCACUGGAUAGAGAUGCUGCUACCACUGAAGUAAAAGAUGCCAAUUCAGUCACUGUAAUUGUUGAUGAAAAAUCCUACACUCUGGGGAUGACUCCUCCUAUCCAGCCUAACAUUUCAAUAAACUCGGGGAUAUCUGGUGAUCAAUGGACGGCAUGUGUUUCAGGUUUUCAAGAGGGCAUUCCUAAGGGUGAUAGAUCUUCAGAUAUACUUUGCGAUGAUAUUUUUGGAGCAUCUCCUAUUACAGUUCAGAAAUUGGGUAAUCUAGAUGGUAUGCAUGCCAGGAAAAAUUCACUUCGCGACAACUGGGAUGAUGAGCAUGGAUAUUACAAGUACCACUUAGGGGAAGUGCUAGAUGGUCAUUACAGAAUUACAGCAGGCUCUGGGAAGGGAGUUUUCUCAACAGUUGUCCAGGCAAAGGAUCUAAAAGCCAGGAAAAAUGAUCCUGAAGAAGUAGCUAUCAAAAUUAUCUGCAAUGAAAAAGAAAGGUACAAAUCUGGUAAGAGGGAGGUUUCUGUACUGGAAAAAUUGUCAAGUGCAGAUCGUGAAGACAAACGACACUGUGUCCGGUUUAUUUCUAGUUUCAUGUAUCGGGAUCAUCUCUGUUUAGUUCUUGAAUCCCUUCAUAUGAAUCUUCGUGAGGUUAUAAAGAAAUUUGGUCGUGAUAUAGGGCUGAAGCUUACUGCUGUAAGGACGUACUCAAAACAGCUUUUCAUUGCAUUGAAGCACCUAAAGGAUGGCAGUAUCCUCCAUUGUGAUAUUAAACCAGAUAAUAUACUGGUAAAUGGGUCUAGAAACUUGUUGAAACUGUGUGAUUUUGGUAGUGCUUUGCCUGCCGGAAUAAAUGAUAUCACACCAAUUCUUGUGAGCCGCUUCUACCGGGCACCUGAGAUAAUUCUUGGAUUGCCGUACGACCAUUCAUUGGAUAUGUGGUCAGUAGGCUGUUGCCUAUAUGAACUUUACACAGGAAAAAUCUUAUUUCCUGGUGGGAAGAACAAUGGCAUGCUUUGGCUUCACAUGGAAUUGAAGGGUCCAUUCCCUAAGAAGAUGCUUCGAAAGGGAGCCUUUACAACUCAACACUUUGACCAGGACCUUAAUUUCCAUGCCACUGAUGAGAAUCUGAUGAUGAAAAAGGCUGUGAACAAACUGUGUAUGAACGUUAAACCAAAGGGUGUUGGCGGAAAAAUAUCAAGCUUCGCAGGCGAGGAUCCGAAAAUGCUGUCCAGUUUUAAAGAUCUCCUGGAGAAAAUAUUUGUGCUAGAUCCGCAGAAGAGGCUUACUGUGUCACAAGCACUUAGCCACCCAUUUAUUACUGGCAAGUGA